AUGGCAGUAUCUGAUGGUGAAGCUAUGUUUUUGAAAUCAGUUGAUUGUUCAGGAGAGACUAAGGAUAGACAUUUUAUUAGGAUGUUGUUAAAAGAAGUAAUUCAAGAAGUUGGGCAUGAAAAAGUAGUUCAAGUAAUCACGGAUAAUGCUGCAAAUUGUAAGGGAGCAAGGCAUCUUAUUGAGCAAGAAUUUCCAUCUAUUACUUGGACACCAUGUGUUGUUCACACACUGAAUUUAGCUGUGAAAAAUAUUUGUGCUGCAAAAAAUGUGGAGAAUAAUCAAAUAGCAUAUGAGGAAUGUAGUUGGAUUUCUGAUAUUGUUGGAGAUGUUUCUGCAAUAAAGCACUUCAUAAUGAAUCAUUCUAUGAGACUGUCAAUGUUUAAUGAGUUUGUGGGAUUGAAGUUGCUUUCUAUAGCUGAAACCUGCUUUGCUUCCAUGAUUGUGAUGCUAAAGAGGUUCAAAUUGAUAAAAUGUGGUCUCCAAAAUAUGGUAAUCAGUGAAAAAUGGAGUUUGUAUAAAGAUGAUAAUCUAGGACGGGCAAGAAUGGUUAAAGAUAAGAUUUUGGAUGAUCUUUGGUGGGAUUCAAUUGAUUAUAUACUUGCUUCCACUGCUCCUAUUUAUAAUAUGAUCAGGAUUUGUGACACUGAUAAACCUUGUCUUCAUUUGAUUUAUGAUAUGUGGGAUGACAUGAUUGUAAGAGUGAAGAAAGCUAUAUACUUCCAUGAAUUGAAGAGGAUGGAUGAGACCUCAACUUUUUAUGAGGUGGUGCAUGGCAUUCUUGUGGAUCGUUGGACCAAACAUUCAACUCCACUUCAUUCUUUGGCACAUGCUUUGAAUCCCAAAUACUAUAGUGAACAAUGA